UGUUGAUAUUAUCUCUUACAUUAAAUCAAAAAGAAAAAUAUGUCCAACACAAUAACAUUAGUGAGGGAGGAUAAGUUCCCUCCCUAUGCUUACACAGUAACUGAAGAUCGUAAGCCUCCCAGAGACUCACGCGAAAUGCCUCCAUUGUUUGAUAGCCCUACCACAUUGAAGAACUGGGUCGGUCGUGUCAAUUGGUUCCAAUCCAUCCUCUUGAUCUCAACACCUAUUCUUGCGGUUUAUUACGCUUGCACAACACCAUUACAAACCAAGACCUUGUACUGGUCUAUCUUUUUUUAUUUUGUUACUGGUCUGGGCAUCACCGCUGGUUACCAUCGUUACUGGGCCCACCGUUCUUAUGACUGUACGCCUUUCACUCAAUUCUUGUUAUGUCUAGCUGGUUCUGGUGCAUUCCAAGGCUCUAUUCAGUGGUGGUCUCGUGGCCAUCGUGCUCAUCAUCGUUGGACCGAUUCUGAUAAAGAUCCCUAUGCUGCUACUCGAGGCUUCUUUUAUUCUCACAUUGGCUGGAUGUUGAUCAAUCGUCCCAAGAACAGAAUCGGUUACGCCGAUACUGCUGAUCUCAAGGCAGAUCCUCUUGUUCGUUUCCAACACAAACAUUAUCUUGAAUUUGCUGUCUUUAUGGCUUUCAUUUUCCCUACCUUGGUCGCUGGUUUCGGUUGGGGAGACUGGAAGGGUGGCCUUAUCUACGCCGGUCUCUGUCGUCAAGUCGCUAUCCAUCAUGCCACUUUCUGCGUCAACAGUCUUGCUCACUACAUUGGCGACACCCCCUUCGAUGACUACAACACCCCCAAGGAUUCCUGGAUUACUGCUCUUGUCACCUGUGGUGAAGGUUAUCACAACUUCCAUCAUGAAUUCCCCCAAGAUUACCGUAACGCCAUCCGCUGGUACCAAUAUGAUCCUACCAAAUGGCUUAUUAAGGGCUUGAGUUUCUUGGGCAUGACCUACAACUUGAAGACUUUCUCCGCCAACGAAAUCAAAAAGGGUCAAAUUCAAAUGAUUGAAAAGAAAGUAGAUGAAAUGAAGACCACCCUCAGCUUUGGUAAAAAGCUGAGUGAAUUGCCAGUUUACACUUUGGAAGAAUUCCAAACCAAGGUCAACACAGAAGAUAAGAAGUGGAUUCUUUUGGACGGUAUCAUCUACGAUGUCGAAGGCUUUGACCACCCCGGUGGACCCAAGUAUCUCUUCACUGGCAUCGGCAAAGACAUGACCAAGUCUUUCAACGGCGGUAUCUACAACCAUUCUAACGGUGCCCGUAACCUGCUUUCUAGCAUGCGUUGUGGUGUCAUUAAGGGUGCUCUCAAUCCUUCUGCUGCCUUCUCCAAGACGGAAAGACCUUCAGCCCUUUGCUUGGACUAUGAUAAUACCCUCGAACCUGAAAAGAACAGAAGCGGAAAGGAAAAGUCUAUCUAAAGAAAUCAACCCCACCAUGCUCGCCUUUCUUUCCCCCCCCCCGCCCCCUCCCCGCCGUUAUUGUACGUACAGCCUCAAUGUACCUUGUAUAAAGAAUUUUUUUUUUUCAUACGUAGUUUUCUUUUUGAUUUUACUGUUCUUUAUUUUAUACAAAACAUA